AUGGACGAGACUGGUAUCCAAGAGGGCCAAGGGAGCAAUAGUCUUAUCAUUAGGAGCGCGGAAAUUCGAAUAAUUAUUAGGAAGCAGCCUGGGUCACGCUCUUGGACGACAAUUAUCGAGUGCAUCUUAGCAGACAGUAGAGUUAUUAGCCCCCUUAUGAUAUUCAAAGGAGCAAGCGUUUAA